AAACGAACCAUCCUCGACAGUUCUAACUUGCAGAUUUUCCUUUAUUUUUUUCUCCACUUUUUUCUUACCAAAUUUACUUUUUCUUUGAUAUUUUGAUUUUUACUACUUUAGAAUGCUUUGUAUCCAAUCCACUCUUUGCAUUCUAAGGUUCGGUUGAAUAUAUGACAUAGAAUCAGUACCUAACUCUUCCAUUUUUUAUUUUAUUUUAAUUUUUUAUUAUUUUUAUAUUUAAAAUAUUAUAGUAGUGUUGGUUGUUUUAUUGUGUGUCAUUCACCUUCAGAAAUCAUAACUGCAAGGAAAGCAACAAAAUUAUAUAUAGUUGGUAAAGUAUUGAAGGAUUCUUCCAUGGUAUUUCCUCUGUUUUCCUGGUUAGAAAAAAGAUGAGUUUAAGAUUUUGAGGUGAAAGAUAAUUUGGGAUUGUGAGUUUGCAAUGGUAGAACUAACAUCAAUGGAAGAGAAACCAUUUUUUGCUUGGUCUUGGUCAGUUGAGAGGUGCUUAAAAGAGUACAAUGUCAAACUAGACAAGGGUUUGAGCAGUUAUGAUGUGGAGAAGCUAAGGGAGAGAUAUGGUUGGAAUGAACUAGACAAGGAAAAAGGGAAGCCUUUAUGGCAUCUUGUGUUAGAACAAUUUGAUGAUAUGCUUGUAAAGAUACUAAUUAUCGCGGCGUUUAUCUCAUUUGUACUUGCUUAUGUACAUGGGAAUGAAACCGGGGAAUCCGGUAUUGAAGCCUAUGUAGAACCCUUUGUGAUUGUUCUAAUCCUUGUUAUUAAUGCCAUUGUUGGGGUAUGGCAAGAAAGUAAUGCUGAGAAAGCCCUUGAUGCACUUAAAGACUUGCAAUGUGAGUCUGCUAAGGUUCUUAGAGAUGGGUUCCUUGUCCCGGACUUGCCUGCAAGGGAGCUAGUCCCGGGUGACAUUGUUGAGUUGCGAGUGGGAGAUAAAGUUCCGGCUGAUAUGAGAGUCGCAGUCUUGAAAACAUCGACUCUGAGAGUUGAGCAAAGCUCAUUGACAGGAGAAUCUAUGCCUGUUCUGAAGUGCACUUUGCCUGUUUUCUUUGAUGACUGUGAAUUGCAGGCAAAAGAGAACAUGCUUUUUGCAGGGACAACGGUUGUGAAUGGGUCUUGCCUUUGUAUUGUUGUUGAUACUGGGAUGAAGUCUGAGAUUGGGAAAAUUCAGACUCAGAUUCAUGAAGCUUCAUUAGACGAGAGUGAGACUCCAUUGAAGAAGAAGCUUGAUGAGUUUGGUAAUAGGCUUACUACUGCAAUUGGAAUUGUUUGCCUCGUUGUUUGGGUUAUUAACUAUAAAUACUUUCUAUCUUGGGAUGUUGUGAAUGGAUGGCCUACAAAUUUUCAGUUUUCUUUUGAGAAGUGUACUUACUAUUUUAAGAUAGCCGUUGCACUUGCAGUAGCUGCCAUUCCUGAAGGCUUACCAGCAGUUAUCACAACUUGUUUAGCUUUAGGCACAAGGAAGAUGGCACAAAAGAAUGCUAUUGUUAGAAAACUCCCUAGUGUAGAAACUUUAGGAUGUACCACUGUCAUAUGCUCUGAUAAAACAGGCACUCUCACAACUAACCAGAUGGCUGUCACUGAGUUCUUUACUUUGGGAGGGAAAACUACAACUUCCCGAGUUUUUCAUGUUGAUGGAACCACCUAUGAUCCUAAGGACGGGGGGAUUGUUGAUUGGAGUUGCUAUAAUAUGGAUGCGAACCUCCAAGCUGUGGCAGAAAUAUCCUCUGUCUGCAAUGAUGCAGGAGUUUUUUGCAAUGGGCGUGCUUAUCAAGCUACUGGUUUGCCUACCGAGGCAGCUCUUAAGGUUUUAGUGGAGAAGAUGGGUGUUCCUGAUGCAAAGGUGAGGAACAAAAUCCGUGACAUGCAGCUUGCUGCAAAUUAUAUGAUCGAUCGUACCUCAGUUAAGCUAGUUUGCUGUGACUGGUGGACAAAGAGGUCUAAGAGGGUGGCUACACUGGAGUUUGAUCGCUUUCGCAAGUCUAUGAGUGUCAUAGUCCAGGAGCCAACUGGGCAAAACCGUCUACUAGUGAAGGGUGCUGUUGAGAGUUUAUUGGAGCGAACUUCACAUGUUCAACUGGCAGAUGGAUCAAUUGUUCCAAUCGAUGAAUCCUGCAAGAAACUGUUGCUGUUGAGACAAUUUGAGAUGAGCUCAAAGGGAUUGAGAUGCCUAGGAUUGGCGUAUAAGGAUGAGUUGGGAGAACUUUCAGAUUAUUCCAAUGAAAGUCAUCCGGGCCAUAAGAAGCUCCUUGAUCCUGCUUCCUACCCAGAAAUCGAGAACAACCUAAUUUUCGUGGGAGUUGUUGGUAUUCGGGAUCCACCUCGAGAAGAAGUGGAACAGGCAAUGGGUGAUUGCAGACAAGCAGGGAUUAAAGUGAUUGUCAUUACUGGAGAUAACAAGUCUACAGCAGAAGCCAUCUGUCAAGAAAUCCAGUUGUUUUCUAACUCUGAAGAGCUGAAGGGGAGAAGCUUUACUGGCAAAGAAUUCAUGGCACUUUCUUCUUCAGAACAGCUUGAUAUUCUCUCUAGACCUGGAGGCAAGGUUUUCUCUCGUGCUGAGCCUAAACACAAGCAAGACAUCGUUAGGAUGUUAAAGGAGACGGGAGAGAUCGUAGCUAUGACUGGAGACGGUGUCAAUGAUGCUCCUGCUCUGAAACUUGCUGACAUUGGAAUCGCAAUGGGAAUUGCUGGAACUGAGGUGGCAAAAGAAGCUGCAGAUAUGGUUUUGGCAGAUGAUAACUUUAGUACUAUAGUUUCUGCUGUUGCUGAGGGUCGCUCAAUCUAUAACAAUAUGAAAGCUUUUAUUAGGUACAUGAUAUCAUCGAACGUAGGAGAGGUCAUAUCCAUCUUCUUGACGGCAGCACUUGGUAUUCCAGAAUGUAUGAUACCCGUGCAGCUUCUGUGGGUCAAUUUGGUCACUGAUGGUCCACCUGCAACAGCUCUAGGUUUCAACCCUGCUGAUAUAGAUAUUAUGGAGAAACCACCCCGUAAAAGUAAUGACGCUCUUAUCAAUUCCUGGGUUCUCUUCCGGUACCUGGUGAUUGGUUCCUAUGUUGGUGUGGCAACAGUCGGUAUCUUUGUCUUAUGGUAUACUCAACCUUCUAUUCUUGGUAUCAAUCUCAUAAGCGAUGGUCACUCACUGGUACAACUAACUCAGCUACAAAACUGGGGAGAGUGCCCUUCAUGGUCGAAUUUCACUGCUUCACCAUUCACAGUUGCUGGGGGACGCGUUAUAAGCUUCACAAAUCCAUGUGACUAUUUUUCUGUUGGUAAAGUGAAGGCAAUGACCCUAUCACUUUCUGUUCUGGUGGCAAUUGAAAUGUUUAACUCCCUAAAUGCCCUUUCGGAAGACAACAGUUUGAUCACGAUGCCACCAUGGAGAAACCCAUGGCUGUUGAUCGCCAUGUCUCUCUCUUUUGGGCUUCACUGUCUUAUUAUGUACGUUCCAAUACUAGCAAAUGUUUUUGGUAUAGUUCCCUUGACUUCCAACGAGUGGUUACUGGUUAUCAUUGUUUCCGCUCCUGUGAUUCUUCUCGAUGAAAUUCUCAAAGUAGUAGGAAGGAGCCGAAGAAAGAUGGCAAAGAAGAUGAAGGUGAAGAAAGUAUAAACCUGGUGCACUUCUGAAACUGAGAGCUCUGUGGUAGAUGUGAAAAAGCAACGGCACUAUAAAUAUAUAUAUAACCUUGUCUUUCGAUAUGAUUACAUCCUGUAACAUAUGGUUGAAGUUAGAAUCAGUUGUUGUGUUCAUGUACAUUAUAACAACCAAAGUAUGUGGUUUUUCUUUA